AUGGGGACACUCUUUGGUGAACUCAAUAAAAUUCUUCUGGAGACUGGCUUUUCUCGGAUGUAUUUUGGUGAAAGGACUGUGGAACCCGUUCUCAUAAUAUUUUUUGGAGUAAUGCUUUGGUUCCUUGGCAUACAAGCUCUAGGACUGGUGUCUCUUCUAUGCAUUGUUAUUAUACAUAUACAGUAA